AUGAGUGAACCUUCCGGAACUCCUAGCGUAUCAAGUCGCCUCACGAGUCUCGACUAUCGGGGGCAACUCUCCGUGCUGGAAGAUUAUCACACUCAAUGGCGUGAAUCUGUCUCUGAGUUGAACCAUUUGAUAGAGGACUUGCAAUGGCCACCAGAGCUGAGAGCCCAUCUCUUCUCAACUCCUAUUGGUCUCAUCAAGAAAUAUGCGGGGAUGACUUUUGCACCUCCACACAGGGAAGGGGCGUCAUUUCAAGAAGAACUUGACACCAUUCAGGAAUAUAUUGCAUGGUCAAGUAAAUGUUAUCAGGUAGCACGUCAAACUCGACUUGAGCGAGAUGACAGGACUGAUGUCGGGGAAGUCUUUGAUUCGACUGAAAUGACUAGAAUGACUAAAAUGAGAGCGGAUCUCCUUGGUCAGCGUGCUGAUCUCGUCUGGAUGGAACCGGUCAUGUCUGAAGUAGAGAACAUCAGUUUGAUACUUGAGAGUAUUCUGGAGGCGUUCUAUCAAGAAACACUUGAAGAAGGUGGUCUUAAACAUAGAAGUCAAGUGGACAUGAUGCUGAAAGAAAAUGAGGAGAGAAAGAAACACUUGAGUGAAUUACAAGAGCUCAUCAGUGAACGAUGGAUAUCCAAUGAUAGUUCUGAACGUGAACAAGUAUUGGAGACCAUCUCAAGGGCGGCAAUGAAAGAUCAGACUGAAGGUACAACUCAUUUGGAUCCUGAGGUCAUUCAGAAACUGGAAACUUGUGAUAUCGACCUUAAGGAUCUGGCAGCAGACUUUGAUGAAUUGUCUGGAACAGUAUGGACACAAACUUAUCCCAAACUGACUGGCCAUCUCACUAGACUGGCUGAGGUGGCGGCACUGGCUGAACAGAUCUCUACUGGAAACAAAACUCGUAAGAAGACAGCGGCCAGCUCCGCACCAUCAACAGGGAAGAAAUCUAGAGGAAAAGAAGCAAGGACAAAACACCACAUGCAAUCACCAAUGCCCUCACCUACAACAACUCUACCACUGAUACUCCAUGAUUCUCAUUGGCAAGGUCAAAAUCAAGGGGAAGCAGUUGAAUCUUCCACCCCAGAAGAGUUUGAGCCACCUAGUGGACCUACAAUCAUCAUCACCAGAGCUGAGAACGAGGACGGUGUUUAUCCGACUCCGACUCCGCACGGAGGACAUGACAGUGCGCGACAACGCUUAUGGACAGAACUGAAAGACUGGAAUCAACUCAUCGAUCAGGGAGGAGAUUACCUAUUAGCUGAUACUAUCGCAGACCCUUCAAUAGUGGCAGGUUGCAAGAUCUAUUCCAUAUUAGGUGAUCCAAAAUUACACAACCGUGAAGAAUUCCUCAGUGAUGCGAAAAGUACCACCGAGAGAAUAUCAGAGCGACACGUCGAAUGGCAAACGUUCUUGAAUCAACUUACUGAACAUGCCCGGGAUGAUAAGGAAGCACUCAGUGUGCUUAAGGUGUUUAAGCUCAAAUCAGCCUGGCAAAUGUCACGUCUUGAACAUAGUGCAAAAACGCAUAAACUAUCUUUGUUCCCCAAAGUUGACAAGACAAGUAGAAAAAAGCCUGCGACGGAGAAAGAGCUGUAUAACAAGCUGACAAAACAAGUUUCACAACUUCAAGGAUAUUUACAGGGCAUCCGCACGGUAAAAGAUUACAUCCAGUGGAAAGCUGGUGGAGACCUUACGGAAAAUGAAGAAGUAGAAGACGAAAUUCGUCAAAGAGCUUAUGAUACAUAUCGUAAUAGUCUUCACAUUACUUAUUCUCUUUCGAAAAUUAGAUAUAGCUUAUCAGACAUGUUCACCCAGGAAGCUCUUGAAUCACAACCGGAAAAGAGGAUCAAAGACGAUCAGACAGUUUUCGACGAAGCUAAAGAUCACAUUUCGAGCGCGACAGAGAUGCAUGGUGAAGCAGGAGAGGGAGUCACAUGGGCAGAAAGUGCGUUGGCAUUUAGGAAGGAGAACUGGGAAGAAUGGAAAGAUUCAACAUUCAGAGGUCAGACUUAUCCUUCUUUGAAAACCACCUUUUUCGAAAAGGACGUGAUAUACCAAUAUCGUGCUGCGGAAAGCGAGUUAGGGCGGGAGCUGAACAUACUACAUGAAAUGGUGGAUGGUAAGAUUGCUAACAUGGAGAAUUGGGUUCUAAGUGAGAUGGAGGGAGGAAAGUGGUUAGAUAUCAGAAGAGCAGGUUUGCAGGAGUUACAGAGUAUGUUGACAGGUUUUGAGAGGACAGAGUAUCAGGAUGAGGAAGUAGUGGAAGAUUCAACCGAAACAUUCUAUUAA